CAUCGACAUCGAGCCAUGAUUGGUGCAGAGCUUCUCCGGGGAGGAGCAUAUUUGUCUGGCCAGCGGAGUGCACACUCGGGUGGGCGGAUCGUAGCGGUGACAGCGACGCUCGCAGACUCCCUACAAACUGUCAAAAAGCAGACAACUAACGCCAUGGCGGAGUUAGACCUGAGUCUGAGUGACGCCCUGACGGACAGCGUUCCCCAGCAGGGCCCAGAGAGCCUGGUGGAGAGGGACUUCAUGGCUCAGCUGGAGUCAGAGACCUUCGAAGAUAAGGUGGGGGAGACGGUGGGGAAAACAGACUACAUCCCCCUGCUGGACGACGACGACACCAGGGCAGACACCGGUGCUGCGAUGGAGAAUGGAGAGCAGGAAGCUCAUGGGGUGCAAAAGCCUGGUUGUAAGCUGUCCGCCGGGGAACAGAUCUCAGUGCUGCGCCCAGAGCCCCAGGGAGAGGUGCGCUCACACUCACUGGACCAGCAGCAGGCCUUGGCUACAGACUUCUUGUCAGCCUCCAUGGCAGGUUUUUCCGGUCCUCUGGGCUCUCAGACCAGCCCUUCCCAAAUGAUGGAUGCUGGCAGUAUUGAAGCUUUUUCAGAUUUCCCCCAGCCUGGUGGCAUGGCGGUCAAUGUGGGGGCUGCACCCCUCUCAGCAGAGAGGACUCCAAGUAUAGCAGAACCCCAGCAUCCCACACCCCCAAUGGGUUCAGAAGUCCCUAAAGGGCACUGCCCCAUGAUGCCUGAACCCCAGCCUCCUCGUAGCCCUCUGGAUUUGUCAGCAGGUGCCUUAAGCGAGUCCUGGCCAGAUGAGGCUGGCUGCCCAUCGACAGACCUUCCUUUCAGCCCCAGUGUCUCCACGGUGAUCAGCCGCCAUGCCGGCCAUCUCGCAGUAGGCCCUGACGACCCAACUGACAGUUGGCCUAACCGAGAGAGCUCUUCCUAUGCUGGAGGCGAUGAAAGGGAGGGAGAAGGUUCAGACCGAAAACAGAAGAGGAAAAAGAAAAGACGACAGAAGGAUGAGGGAUCUUAUGAACAGCCCGAGAUCAGGGUUAACCCUGAAGUGCAAACACAGGGAGAAAACAAUCCAUCAACAGAGGAGUUCUAUGGCAGGAUUGGCCCAAGGCGGGAUAAAGGAGAUGCUUGCUGGGAGGAGCAGCUUGGGAAGAGUGGAGGCCGGGGGAAGAAGGGUAAGAGUAGGAAAAAGCUUCCGGAAGAGUGGGGAGUGACAGCAGAACCGUUUGUCCCUUCGCCUGUGGAAACCUCUCAAAACACAGAAGAGGUAAAGAUGGAUAUAGGAAGUCCUGUUAAGACCAAACUGGAGUCCUCGUUCGGAGACAUGGAUACAAGCCAGAGCCCCUGGAAAAAUGAGGUCUACCCAGAAGAAGGACUGGUCCCUUCCCCCCUGUCUCAGGAGAAACUAUCCCCAGCAGAUGAUUCCAUCAACCCACUGGUCCUGAAGAGCGAGCUGAAAGCCACAGCAGUUCCCUUCACUAUGCGCUCCACCCCCAAUAGUGCAGCACCUGGCUCCUUCCCAAUUGCUGGUCGCCCUGAUGAUCCAUUUGACCUCCUGAUGGAUACUGAAAAUGCAAGCUUAGGCAACAGCAGCAUGCUCUUUUCACCUGGUGGUGACAUGGUUGACAGCGGGAGGUUUGACAGUUCCCUCCAAGAGUGUAUGCAGGGUAUGCCCGAUGAAGACACCUCUGCUUUCAGCCCCCCCUCCCAACCAAGCCCAAGCCCAGGCCCUAUCCCAAAAGGUGAGGUGUUAGCCUCGGCCCCGCCCCUCUCACCUUCAGAUGCUUCAUGGAUUGUCAACGACUCCAACGUAAGCAGCAACAGAGAUCUAUUUUCCUUCAGGGACAUGAGCACUCCAGGUGUUCCUUCAACCUUAGGGCUGUCCUUCGAUACUCCUAGCCCAGCUCCUCUCCGCUCCCCCAAAACCACAGCGCAGGAAUUCCAACCCAAAGAGCGCAAAGAUGCCAAAUCAGCCCAGAAGCAAGCCAAUAAGUCUCGUUCAUCUUCCUCCUCCUCUGUAAAGAGUCCCACCUCCCCAGGAGCAAACGAUUUCCCUCCACAAGCAUCCCCAGUCCUCCCCCCUUCUUCCCCAGGAUGUGGUCUUAACCCUACAGCUAAGCCCUUUAUUCCGAGCUUUGCGGAUCCUUUGGAAGAACCAGACGUGGUCCCUCCAGUUGUCCCCAUCAUCGAAGUAAAAUCGGACAAGAUGGAGAAGGCAGAGAUUGGAGAGAAGAUGGAGGACAAUGUAAAGAAGGUGGACCUGUUCGAUCCUCUGGAUAAAGAUGAGCGUAAAAGCGUGAAGGUGGAAUUCAGUGAUACUCCAGCAGAGAAAGGCAAGGAGAAGGAAAAACAAACGGACACACAAAAAGAGAAGGAGAAAGAGGACAAAAUAAAGGGGGAAGAAAAGGUUAAAGCAGAGAACGAGACUGACAAAGUGAAGGUGACAGAGGCCGAAAAGCUGGAAGAAGAAAGAAAGAAAGAGACAGAGAAAGUGGAGCCAAUGCAACAGAAGGAAAAAGAGGAUAAAAUGAACAAGGUUGAAGAAUCACCAGAUAGAUUGGCAAAGACAGCGAAAGACGACAAGACAGAGAAAGUAGAGAAAGUAAAGGUGACAGAAGCAGCAGAGAGGAAAGUAGAAGUGACAGAGAAUGUGGACAAAAAUGAAAAGUCCAAAAUGGAAGAGAAGACUGAGAAUAAAAACACAGAGAAGAAUGAGAAAACCGAGAUGAAGGAUGGCAAAGAGCUGCAGAUGGACAAAAUGGAGAAGACCCCAGAACAACUGCAGACACCCGACCAGCUGGAGAAGGAGGCUGACGUGGAGACAAAGACGUCCCCUGUGGUGGAAGACACCAAGAAAGAAGAGGCAGGCAAAGCCAAGAAGACAGAAAAAGACGACAAGGUAGAAACACCAACGAAGAAGAGCGAUAAGGAAGAGAAGCAGGACAAAAUACAGGCCAGCAAGAAGGUUCUGGAGAAAAAGGAUGAUAAGAAGGACAAGACUGCAAAAACAGAUGUAGGAGACAAGGCCAAAAAAGCAAAACCUGCAACGAAUGGAAGCAGCGCCCCACUGAGCAGAGACCUGGCAGACAAGAAACCCAAGCCUGCUGUCGGGGCAACCAAACUGAGCGCAGCUGCUAAAACACGCCCAAGUACAUCGGCUACUGGUGGUCCACUCACAGCCACUCCUAAGCGCCCUUCAUCCUCCUCCACCAACACCUCCAUCUUAGAUAGAAAGACAACCACAGCCAAGGCACCAACCACAGCAGCUGUUGGUGCAAAGCGGCUCUCCACCACUUCCACCAGCCGCCCUGCAUCCUCCAUUUCCACCACUGCACGUGAUGUCAGGCCCAAGACAACCACAGAGAGGCGCCCCCUUGUGCCAAAGCCUAGCACUGCCUCCUCAACAGGCUCCACAACUGCUACCAAAAAUGGAACUGCUACCACAGCAGCCAGUAAAACCGCUUCAUCAGUGCGCACGACAGCGUCUACUCGCACCGUUCCUACCACCGCAGCCAGAAAGCCUCUGGCCUCCAAGACAGACAGCAAACCAGGAGAGGAGAAGAAGCCCGGCACUGUAAAGACAUCUGCAGCCGACCCCACCAAGCCCAAGACCACCACCUCCACCACCCGCAGCACUACUUCCACCCUCGCUGCAUCUCGCACCCGACCCACAGCAGCCAAACCGGCCCCCCCCUCCUCCUCCACCACUGGCACAGCACCAGAGAAGAAGCCCUUGGUUCCGCGUACCUCCCGGACCACUUCCUCAACUACCACCACCACCUCUAGGACCGCCGCCCGCCCCGGGACAGUCCCGGCCCCCGACAUUCGUAACGUCCGCUCUAAGAUUGGCUCCACUGACAACAUGAAGCACCAGCCUGGAGGAGGGAAGGUGCCAUCUGCCUCUCAGAGCAGAGGCGUCCUCUCCAAAGAUACAAGCCAAGGCAAAGUUCACAUUGUAUCCAAAAAGCUGGACUUUAGCCACGUCUCCUCACGGUUGGGCUCCAAGGACAAUAUGAAGCAUGUUCCUGGUGGAGGGAAAGUGCAGAUUCUCAACAAGAAGGUGGAUCUGAGUAAGGUGACAUCAAAGUGCGGCUCCAAGGACAACAUCAAGUACAAGUCUGGCGGUGGCGUUGUAAAGGUCGAGUCCCACAAGGUGAGCUUCAGGGAAAAGGCCAAAGUGGGCUCCAUGGACAACCUGAGCCAUUCCCCUGCUGGAGGAGACAUGAAGGCGGAGGGAGCCCAGGACCGAGCAGAGGGGAACGGAACCCCCAUGAGCGGCACCGCAGCCCCAGGCCCGGAGCCGGGGCAGGAAGGGAGCCCUGCUGCCCGGGAGAAUGGUCUGAAGGAGGGGCCCCCUUGUGAUAAUGAGGGUCUCCAGGCUCUGGACGCACGCAUCCCAGAGACAAGCAUCUAAUUCUACAAUCCCUCUGCCCCCCCUCAUCUCAACCCCCCCAACAAUACCACCCUCUAUAUUUGUUGUCUCCCUCACCUCCUCCCCCUCUCCUACCACUUUCUUUCUAACCUUUCUGCUGCAGAUUGAGUGUUUUCAAGCUCAACUUCCGCGAGAAUGCUCGCUCUCGCACGGACCACGCCGCCGAAAUCAUCACCUGGCAGCCCCCCCCCCCCAGGACGACAACAGACCCCAACCCGCACGGUUCCUCCCGUUCUCUACACCACUACCACCACCCAACCCCUCCAUGAUGAUGCGAGGGGAGGUCCAGCAAUAGCUCCUAAAGGGACCUUUUCCUUUCACUCCCCCAUCCUGGAAAACGCUUAGAUAUGUCAUUGCAAAUGUUUUAAUCAUACAAUAGUUCUGCCGCUCUAGUAUUAACUCCAUGUUCUCAUGCCUCCUCUCUCACAUCUGAGCUCAUCAUCUUGCCCCUCUAUAUUUGGCUGAAGUGACAUUAAAGACUUGGGUCUCGGUGGGAAACUAUGUGGAGGGAAAAGAGGAUAACGUUUUCUCAAAUAUUUGGUUCUCCAAGUUGAACUGGAUCCAUGGUUGUCACUCAGAUCCUUUUUCCCCCACAGCCUGGGCGUGUACUCUUACCCUCCAUCAUCUCACACACCAAAUAAGUAGCGAUUACUUCAACUGAGCAGCAUGGAAACCCUCUUGGACUCACCUUUUGGCUUCUGUCAAACACAUAGCUUCUCCUUAGUGUCUGCUUUAAUAACAUCAUAGUAAUUCAUCUCAUCUGCUUAGUCACUUCCUCUCUUCGCAUUACCAUAAACAAUAAAAGCUAGACAACAAGUAGGCUGUUUGAAUCAUUUUAGGCUGUAGCUAACUCUCUUUUCUCUGUGUUUGUGAUGAUGUGUUUGAGUGACAAAAUGGUGUAAAAAUGAGCUUUGGUGUACUGUUCGGAUCUUAUUUCUGUCUUUCUCAAGGUUUCUUUCCUUCUUUCUUGAUUUUAAACAAGUUUAUAUUUAUUUAUUGUACGUCUCUUCCUGCGUAAGAAAUACAGUGGCCGUUUUUUUUUUUUCAAUAGCACUCUGAAAAUCUCGGAAACACGCACAGGUUUUUGUAAACAAAGACACACAUUAAGGAUAGAGAGAAAGAAAGUAGGAAAAGAGGUAUUGCUAGGAGGUUGAAAAGACGCAUUUGAGGUGUGCUUUGCACGUGGAAACCUGAACGUGUUUGAAUUGCAAUUGAGAAAGUUUGCUAAAGUAUAGCUUUAACUAAGCAUGCAGUCCAGAGGAACAUGAGGAAGAUGUCUAAAUGCCUCUGAGGCUAAAGGAGCUGUGUGUCUUGUAUGUAGUUCUGUCCUUCUUACCUGAAAAUAAAUGAGGAUGAUGCAGGCUCACGCCUAACACUGCUUAGGCAAAGAAAUGGUGAUAGUUCACAAAAGUGACAUAAAACAUUACGGUUAACCUGGUUUUAAGGACGUUCUGUAAAUCAAGCUGACCUGGUAGUAGUAAUGGUUGUUGUUCAAUAUCAGGUGUUUCUAUAAGGGUUAUGGUAGCAUGUUGUUUGACUAGCUGAAUAUAAACAUCUCAAAUAACUGUUCAGCACUUUCCUUCUUUGAGUAUUGGCAGUGGAACAUGAUGUGGCUUUAUACUCUUCUCUUGUAGCAAUGUAUUCAACUGAUUGCCUUUAUAAUGCAUGGUCAGAUUAUACUGGAGAUGAAAGCCUUUGUGCAUUAAGACUCGAAGUGUUUGGUACCAUAUGUUUAACUCGGGGCAAACUUAGAUAGCUGACGUGUUGUAACUCUUAACAGCGAUGGAGAGGAAGAGCUAGUUUCUGAUGGUUGUCGUUUCAUCAUUAAUUCUACCACAGAUUUGUAUACAGUGACUGCAUGGCUCCAACUUACUAAAAUAAAUGAAAAAAGUUUUGAUUAUAUUAGAAGUAUUUUAGUUCAGCGAUGUAUCACGUACAAAAGUCAUGGUAAAACUUGUCAGACAUAACUGCAUCACUACUAUGCUCAGUUUUGAGUAUAGUGUAUGGCUGUGUAUCAUCAGGAAUUUUGAAACAUUUUUGCUACUGAACACAAAAUAUAAUCUCUUGAACCUUGCAUCAUUUUUAGGGGGCAGCCCAAAGAAGCUGUAAACACAAAAUAUACAUGAUGUAUGUUUUUCUUUUUUAACAUCCAAUAGACGGAGAGCAAAAUAAGCAUUUAUGUUGAGUCUUUUCUCUUUCAACUUUGUGAAUGUAAGUCCAAUAUUCCCUCUCCACUAACUCCCUAGUGAAGUAUGGCUCUUUAGUUGCAAAAAGUGACAUUAUGUUCACAAGCCAGCUAAUUAAUCUGAUAAUAAGUAAAGAUUUUGAGUCAGAACAACCGAUGAUGCAAACUUUUGGUUUGACUUUUUGUUAUCUGUAGUAUGGACACAUUGCAUGUGUCUUCAUUCAAAUUCUUCUGACUCAUUCGAGAAAUGUGCUAAAUACCAAUACCAAAGCUCAUUUCGACUGCCCUUUAGGGAACAAACACAGUUUUCCUAUCCAAAUUGUCACAUAAGCAAUGAUUCGUACAGAAGCUUUUGACAGAACUGCAACAGCAUCCAGGAGUUUGGAGGGUAGAGAUUUUUAAGGUUUGUUUAGAACAGCUUGUCCAGUAAUGGUUAUAAGGGGAGGAAGCAUUUUAUCGUGACUUUAAUUACUAUUAUUCAGAUUAUUAGUAUGAUGAAUUGAAAAGGUCUUUUUUUUCAUUAGAAAGGGGCCACUGAAGUGAAAGAAUGUCUUUUGAGAUAUAUUGUACUAAAGACGCAACACUUGUGUAUAUGUAUUUAUCGUUGUGUUCCUGUAGCCUUGUGGUGGUUGUGCUCUCAUUGGUUGAAGGGAUUAUAAUUAAGAUGUGUGACAGCCAGUUUCACAAACUGUGUUCUUGAGUUUCCCCAAGGAUUUGCACAAGAUUUGAAUCCCAAUACAUAACUUACAAAGUCUUUAAAAAUCGCAUUAAAUCUGAUGUUUUCAUUAUUGCGCAACUUGAUUUAGAAACAUUGUACUUGCAACCAUUAUUACAAGUUUUUGUUUUACUACAUAUGCAGUGGGCAAUUAUGCCAACACACUAUUAUACCAUGCAACAAAGCGCAAGCCCUGUCUUAAGAUAUAAGAAUAAUGUUGGGAAUACCUGGUUAACUUCUCUUUCAGGACCUAUAGAGGUUCAUAUGAUAAAAUAACCUAGCACCUGACACACAUGACACUGUACAGUAUAUGACAGUGGGCAAAGGGAAUUUGUUGAUGAAGCAGGCACUAAGUGUAGCGGUAGAUGUGUAGGCCUGUGAUUUAGUAGUACUUCAUAUCAAACAUAAUGGCUGCUACAUAUAGCACUCAAAAAGCAGCAACCUGCCAAGGAGAGACACACACACCAAGACCCUAACACAUCCUUAUCUAAGGUUAACUACAUGUAGUUUCCGGAUUUUGCUUGUGUAAUAAAUGCUCCUCAGUAUUCUAUCCAAGGAGCGUUGUAGAUCUUCAUGUACCGCCACUGCACUCAUGCAAGAGUAACACUAGCUAAUAAACACGUGCUGUACCUGCAGAGCAUGCUGAAAAACAACAAUGGGAUGUGUUAGGUAGACUUUCUAUGUCAUUUGCAGAACCUCCUCAUUGUUUUUUGGUGUUUUUUGUUUUCUUCAUUCAUUUGAAUUUCAUUUUUUGGUUUGGAAAACAGUGUUUUUUGUGAUUACUUGUUGAUUAGUGAUGUGAUUAUUGAACAUGAAAUAAAAAUAAACUAAAACUA